AUGUCCCAGGUAUUAAGGCGGUGGAAUCUGCGGGCUUGGUGGUUGAUUAAACUGGCCGGAGGGUUGGAGGGCAAGGAGGACAGGAGGACUGUGGCUGAGGCUCUGGUUUCCAGUGCAUGGUGACGGCUUUGACUCAGAUGGGGAGAAUGAGGAAGGGGUUUGGCGAGAGUACUUUUAUGUCAGCUGGAGAUGAAAACUGGGCUGGGCUGGAUUACCUGUACUGAGUUUACGGGAGAGAGCAGAGAAGGAAUUCAACAACUUAGAAGAAAUGGACAGAGUCCUUGAUUAAUGCAACGUAGCCAAAUGGACGCAAGAGGAAACAGAAAAUCUGAAUAGCCCCAUCUCUAUUAAAGAAACCAAAUUGCCCAAAGAAAAUUCCAGGCCCAGACAGUUUCUCCGGUGAGUUCAAUCACUCUUAAGGAAGAAACAAUGCUGACCUCACACAAACUCUCUCAGAAAAUAAUUUGUGGGAGAGAUCACUUCACACAUGGCUGUGAUUCGGACAGGUCUGCGUUCCGGUUCAAGCCCGGUUGGUUUCAUCCAUUCAGAGCCGUGUUUUGAAUACCUACUGCGUGUCACACACCCAGGUCACAUUAGUGAACAAAGCAAAGAAAAUUCACGCCCUCGCCAAGUUGCGCAGGGUCGGACGGGUCAUUUCGCCGUCCUGAGGCUCAGUUUCCUCACGUGUGGCGUGGGGACACACAGUGCUGGAGAAGGGCGGCCGGCAGGAGUGGUGGGCAGUCCCCGGCCUCCACUGAUGCUUGUCUCUCUGUCGUGCGUGUACGUGUGUGUUCCACGGCCUGCCCUCUCAGGCUUAAAAAUGUGUGUCAGCGGCAGCCGUGAUGAGGCCCCCGUCCUGAGCGACAAGCACCUGGAUGUACCCAACAUCAUCAUCACCCCGCCGACCCCCACGGGCGUGACCCUGCCGAGGGACUCCCGGAGGGCAGUCUGGCUGGAGGAGUCAGGGUCGGGCCCGGAGGAUGGAGAAGCAGACCCUGAGGCCUGAGGAGAAGGCACGCGUGGGUCGGGGAUUUCCCUGCACUGGAUCCUUCCCUGGCUGCCCUUCGCUUGGCACGUCCCGGGGUGCCUGGGGCAGAUGUGCUGAGAGCGCUGGCUGGGAAGACAGAGAGAUUCCGGCACUGGACCAGCAGAGGCGUGGCGAGAGGAGCGAGGAAUCGGCCCUGCCCUCGUCCAGAACGACAUUUCCCAGCCCCCGUUGAGUGGACCGGACCUCUGAUGCCUACAUAUUCUUGCCGACCCCGAGGCACAGUGACGGCCAUCUGGGUACCAGGGAGAGGCUCUCUUCUAGACAGACUCCCAGCGGCCUGGGCCAUGCAGACGGGUGCCCAGGAGGUCUGCACAUAUAAGGACUCCUUGCAAAGGGCUGGCUUCAUUUUUUACAAGUUGUCUUACAGACAUUGAAACAGUCCAAAAAGUGAUUUAUAAUUUCUUUUCUGUACUGUAAGUAAAGAUCCCGUGUAACGAGCAGUGGACCCUGCUUCUUGGGCGGGCAGAGAAGGUGGUGCACACCCGGGUACACAGGUAGGCUCCAGAGAAUCGCUUAUCACGGAGGGGCUGGUCCGGCUGGUGAUGGGUCUUUGGAUGGUCUUGGCCUCUUGAUUUGCAGAGUGUCCUGUGCCACCUCAUUCUGUGGCCAGCAGCUACUGGAGUGCGUUCUUGUGACAGACGCACAGAGCACAAGCCAGGCCGUGCGAGAGCAUUCUCAGCUUUGGCGUGUGGGCCAAGCAAGUCACACGGCCAAACCCCACGUGGGUGAGCUGGGCGGUCCCAUGGCACAGGAAGGGAUGGACAUGUCUAUUAAAGGGAGUGAGAGACGGGCUGGGAAUAAUAAUCCAGUCUCCCGGCAUAGACACUAUUAUUAUCCCCAUUUUACAGAUGGGGCACUUGAGGAACUUAGAGGCUUAGAUCCCUUGCCCAAGGCCAUCAGAUAGUAAGAAUUUGAACCCAGACCCCAUACUCUUUUCUUUUUUUAAUAUAAAUUUAUUUAUUUUUG